GGCGGCCGCAGUCUGACUCUGCACUGUAUAUUGUGCCGGAGGACGGUGAUCUCUGAUGGCUCUGUUCAGAGGACUCCUGAGGAGAGACCUCCACAAGAUGGUUCUAGGUCUCCGAAAUAUGUCAUCCGAGGCUGGACUAUCCUCCUACAGCUAUGAAACUCUUAAAGUCACCACACCGGUGGAUCACGUCUUCCAUGUGGAGCUGAACCGCCCAGAGAAGAGAAAUGCGAUGAACAAGGCUUUAUGGAGGGAGAUGGUCCUUUGCUUUCAGGCUCUCGGAGAAGAUGCUAAUUGUAGGGCGGUUGUUGUUUCUGGAGCUGGGAAAAUGUUCACAUCAGGGAUCGAUCUCAUGGAUCUGGCAAGUGAUUUUUUACAGCCGCGGGAUGAAGACGUUUCCAGAAUCGCCUGGAACAUCCGCAAGAAGCUUUGUGCAUAUCAGGAAUCUUUUUCUGUCAUCGAGAAGUGCACGAAGCCUGUGAUUGCAGCAAUUCACAAUGCUUGCCUUGGCGCAGGUGUGUCUCUCAUCACUGCCUGUGACAUCAGAUACUGUACCCAAGAUGCCUAUUUUCAAGUUAAGGAGGUGGAUAUUGGUUUGGCUGCCGACGUGGGAGCCCUCCAGCGCUUGCCACACAUCAUUGGAAGCAGAAGCUUGGUGAAUGAGCUGGCCUUUACCUCCAGAAAGAUGAUGUCAGAUGAGGCGUUAAGCAGCGGACUCGUCAGCCGCGUGUUUCCUGAUAAUUCCUCCCUCCUUAGCGCUGCCCUUGAACUGGCCACUGAGAUUGCCAGCAAAAGCCCUGUCGCCGUCCAAGGAACUAAAGUGAAUUUGCUGUAUUCUCGAGAUCACUCGGUGCAGGAGAGUCUGGACUACAUGGCCACCUGGAACAUGAGCAUGCUGCAGUCCCAGGACAUCGUGAUGUCUGCACAGGCUGCUCUGCAGAAGAAGACCCCGAAAGAUGUGACAUUUUCUAAACUCUAGGAACCGUGGUCCUCUUUAAGAUUUCUGUAUCUGACUGGACGGCUCGCACAUGGUAUAACCAAAGUGUCCUGCACAGAAUAGCAAUUAUAACAAGCAAAGGGGGUUCCUACCAAGGAGCCCGAGGUAUCUCCUCAGAUCUGUGGGACAUUAUGCUUAGUGGGAAAUUUAGAAAAUGGCUGCAAUAAUCUAAUAUGGAAGUGUAAUAAAGCUACAUGUUAAACCCAUCACAGGUUCAAAAAUGAAUGUAAAGACAAUACUACAACGUAUGCACUUAAACGGUAUGUCUACACUUGCAACAAUUUUUUGUUCUUCUAAAAGCAUCUAAAAUUGAGAAAAUAAACAACUUUUUCGUAGUGUCUUGAUUAAAACUCUUACACUGUUUUGUGAAUACAGCUCCUGUGCAGAGCCAUGUGUCUUCAGGCUUACCAGAUACAGACAAGCCCUGCGUAGUCUGAUAUUGCAGUCUCUGUGUUACUCACCUGACUCUUCUUGAUAACCAGCAGACGGUAGAAGAGGGAGGGUAGUAACGUGACUUUAGGUUUUUUUUGUAGGCUUUUACCAUAGCGACACACAGUUCUGCACACAAUUUUUAAUCAAGAUCAGUUUUAAAGUUUAUUCAUAUUAUUUUUUUUUUUAUAGAUGCAUUAGAACAAUACAAAUAGUUGCAGACAAUAAUUGGGUAUGUACAGUAGCGGUUAAUAAUUCAGUAACGGACAUGAUACAGUAUUUUCUAAUUAACACAAAACUCGCUUAUCGUUAUUUGAAAUUACCAUUUGGUAGAAUAUUUGCUGUCAAAUAACUUAAUAAAUGUUGGGUUGUCUCUACAA